CCAUGUCCCCCGCCCCGCCCCCGCCCCAGCCAAGCACCUACGCGUCGAAGCACCCGGAGAGCACCCCCCGUCUCCUUAGUGCCCUCCGCGACCUCCACGCCACAGACCCCAAGGCCAUCAGGACCACCGUACAUCGAUACCCAGCAGCUCUGUACGCCCACGGGCAGAAUGAGCAUGCCAGAGACCGGCUCAUAACGAGCUGGAAGAUGACAGAGCAUAUGUACUUCAAAAAGUCCCUCGUAUUUCCCACUCUUGCUAGAGGCUUGUUUACCGAAGAAGUACUGGAAGGAGACCCUGUACCUCCUUUGGAAGCAUGUUCCGGCCAGAUCGGAAGUGACCCAGAUGCGCCCAGGGAGAGAAUAGUACUCAGAGGCUACGACAAGUUCUUUAAUACUGGCGAAGUCUCAUGGACUGAGUGGGACGCGAUGAAACAACACACCCAGGGACCGUAUUACCUUACGCUCAAAUCCAAUGGUUGCCUGAUCCUCAUAUCUGCGCUUUCUCCCACCCAUCUCAUUGUGGCCUCCAAGCAUUCCCUUGGCACCACCACAGCUGCUGAAGGCGUCGAUUUGUCUGGUUCAGAGAAACUAAUCGACAAGGAAAAGCCUGCCCAAAAAUGCGGAGACUCGGCCUUGGGACCAGAAAUCAGUCAAAUUCGCACCAUACCGUCUUUUCCUCCGACAGUUGGAUCCCUUGAUAAACAUUUUAAAGACCUUACUCUCGAACAAUCGCAAGCGAAUCAAUCACUCUCAAAGAACGCUUUGAAAAAGGCCGAGAAGGCUGCUUUGAAAUAUGCACAAAAGGUGAUAAAUGAGGGCAAGUCGGAGGACAGCGCUCAGAUUACUGCAGCUGAGGAAAAGAAGGAGAUAAAGGAGAAUGAGGAGGCACAGCAACACGCAGAGGUCGGAAGACGGUGGUUAAAACGGACGUUGGAAUCCAGCGGGAAAACAGAGGAAGAGUUGGCACAAAAACUCUGGGAGAAAAACUUGACUGCAGUGCUUGAGCUUUGUGACGACUCAUUUGAAGAGCACGUGAUAGCCACUCCUGAGCAUUGGACGGGACUUCACCUCCACGGCCUCAAUUCAAACACCCCGCACUUUUCCACUUCCUCACCAUCUGAUGUGGCGACAUUUGCAAAAGAGUUUGGAUUCAUUCAGACCAAAUAUAUCCAGCUCGAAACCCUCGAACAAGUCAAGUCCUUCACAGCCGAUCUGGCACAAAGCGGCACCUGGGAAGGUGAAAUGAUUGAAGGUUUUGUAGUUCGCUGUACGGUUAAAAAUGGGCAAGAUGGCAUGAGCCAGGGCGCGCCUCCAUAUCGAGCCAACUCUCCGUUUUUCUUCAAAAUCAAGUUUGAAGAACCAUAUCUUCUCUAUCGCCAGUUCCGCGAGAUAACCCGUGUCAUGUUACCUCUGUUGGAGAACACUAAUCCCCAAAAAAGAGAAGAAAUUUGGAAAAAAGUACGUUCUCGGGCGAAGAGGCCAGAGGUCAAACUUUACUCUACAUGGGUGGGCGAAAUGAUGAAGAAAGAGCCCGAACUAUUUGAAGAUUAUAACCGUGGGGUAAUUAGAGUCCGAGAAAGGUUUUUGAAAUGGGCCGAGGAAGACGGCAAGAAAAAGUGGGAUGAUGCGAGGGCGGGCAAGAUUGAUAAGGAGCAAAGGGCUGGCGAUCGGGAUGGACUACCAAAAAAGUGGAUCGUAGUACCUGCUGCUAUUCCUGGUUGCGGUAAAACCCUAUUGGGUGUCGCCCUUUCUAGAAUAUUUGGUUUGGCCCAUACGCAGAGCGAUGACAUUACCGCUAAAAGGACCGCACCUACUUUCAUCAAAAACGUGACGGAUCUCCUUGCCACGUACGACGUCGUUUUUGCAGACAGAUGUAAUCAUAUCCCCAAGCAUUACGACGAACUCGCCAAGAUCGCAGAAGACAAAAAGCUUCAAAAAUUCGAUACCCGUCUUAUCUGUGUCACUUGGGACCUUGAUACCUUCCCGUAUUACCGCCUUCUUCGCAUUCUUUCUGAUCGGGUGGUUGCCCGUGGAGAAAACCAUCAGACUCUGAGGCCUGAUCCUACCCUUGAUGCGGAGCACGAGGCGGUGGUAGGCAGGUUCAUUCGAGACUAUACACCACCUGAUCCUGCCAUCUUUGAGGAUAUCAUCAGCGUCAGUGUGAUGGACAGCGCCAAGGUUACAUUAACAAAGGUUGUACGAGGUCUUACGAAAUCUCUCGGUUUAACGAUGCCAUCGGAAGAUGUCAUCAACCAAGGCCUAGAAGCCGCAAGUCUGUACAAGACGACUACACCAUAUCAUCCCGUAGCUCGGCAGGGCAGGUCUACUCGCUACUUUGCUGUGGCUCCAGAAAUAAAUCUUUACGAACUCGCCUGCGGAGCUAUCGAACCCUUUAGAGAUACUGAAAAAGGUCAAAGUGCUUGGUCGUUCUUGGACGAGUUGUAUAAACGUGGGAGGAUUACUGCUAAACCACACGUUACUCUAUCGCACGAGAAUAACGUAAAGGCUGAAAUGGAAGUUAGAAAUAGGACUGGAGCACGUGAAGGUAGGGAUGACUCAGAGCUUGCUCAGUCUCCUGGGCCAGAAGAGAUUCUAUGGGAGACUUGCAAAUCCAUCGCCACUUCCAAGUACCCCCCGCUCUAUUCAUUUUCUCUCACCCACCUUGUAUGGGAUGAUCGUACUAUGGCAUUUUGCCUCUCUGGCUUGUCUCCCGUAAUCAGUCCUACACCAGAUGAACCAGAUGGCGCUGCUUCGCCAUCUUUAUGUCCCGAUCUGGAUAGCGUGUUACCACAGGCCACGAAAACAUAUCUGCAUGUGACAGUCGGUACCAGAGAUGCGGACGUGCCAGCUUUUGAGAGUCGAAGCCUAGUCAAGAUUGUCAGAGAAAGAUUGGAAGCUGGUGAGCAGGAAGGAGAAAUCGAAGAGGUCGUCGCAAACGGAGGAAAUGUAAAGUGGAUGAAAAUCGGCCUGGCCAGGAGCGAAGGCAGGAUUCGAGGAAUGGCCUGAAAAAGUAGGCACUAUAACGCAAAAGGCUUAAAUUAAUACU